AUGUUUUCUGGAACAUUUAAAGCCUUCUUAAAAACACUAAUAAAUUGCAAAACCAAAAAUGAAACUCAACCAUCUAAGGAACCCCUACGACUUCGACAAGUUAUAAGAACAGCACUAGCAGUAAGAAAAUUUCAAAAACUUGAAUCGGAUAAAUUCAAGCGAUCUAUCGAAUGUGAAUUUGAUAAAACAGUUGCAAUUAACGAAUUAAAACGUUCUUACAAGCAAGGCAAAUUAUUUCAUUUAGAAGAAUCGAAGAAAUUUGCAUAUUACAUACGCAAGUUCACAAUUACAUUCGAUGAAUUGAGACAUGUGCAUGAAAAUCUGUUAAAUCAAUUCAGUAAAUAUUUGAAAGACUUAGAUGGUAAUGUUGAUGAACAAGUUCAAUAUUUUCUAUGUUUGUCGUUAAAAUAUUUAACUCGAAAUAGCGAACAAUUGAUAAAAGAAAUCCAAUAUUCUGAUGUCAUCGAUUGGAUAAAACGAUGUAAAGACGAGUCUGUUAAGACUGAACUUGUUUAUACAUUGGCUUAUAUGACUGAAAAAUCAACAUUAGACAACGAAUUAAUUAAUGAACUUAGUAGUUUGGUGCUGAAUAGGUUUGAUAUAAAUGAAGAUGCAAAAGGUUUUUUAUUAACUCGAUUAGAAAUCAGUAAAAGUGUUGACCGCAAUGAUCAGCUAAAAACUGAGCAUCGAUUUAAAUCAGCAGGUAAAUCUAAUGGCAAUCAAAAAAUGAAUAAACUAGUUGUUACCAAAACAAUACAAACUGUGAAAUCAAGUUAUAAUAAUAAAGAGUCCGAAGAGACAAAAAUGAUAUUUUUGAAUUUAUCAGAUGCACUAAAAAAUCGAAACAGAAUGUUAAACAUGAAAACAACAUUAGAAAAAAUCGAUACCGUAAAUGAUACAAGUGGCGAUGAUAGAUCAAUGUGGAGAAGUACUUGGGGAGAAUGUGUUAAUUUUUACUCAUUAGUAGUAUCACAAGGACAAGCAUUAAAAAGUGAUGAUAAAGAUAAUUAUUUACCAAAAAAAUUAUUUGGCUGGCAUGUCUGUCUUAAUACAAAGGUUUUACCACACGGCCCUUUAAGAAUCAGAAGGAGAAAAAAAGUUUAUUCAUUUUUUAUUAACAGAAUGAUUGCUGCUACAUUGCUUCGAGCAUCAAAAAAGCAACAAUUAAAUAGUGAUGCUAUCGAUAAACUAAUGAUGUGUGCAACUGACUUGGAUUCUUUUGUUUCAAUUGCAUUGCAUUGUAAUGAUGAUAUGGUAGACUUAGUUGUUAAUGCCAUAUGUGAUGAUUAUGAUGAAUUCAAGGAAUUAAACGAACCGGAUAUAGCAACUAUUUUUAUUAAGACAAUUAUGGACAAAACAAUCGAAGUUGUUACACAUCAAGGAUGGCUAUGGAAUUCUACUGAAAUGAAACGAAAACAGUUCAAUAAAAAUGAACUAGCAGAAAUAAUAAAAAAUCAAAUAAAUCAACUUAGAUUGGACAGUUUAAAUGCCAUACAUAAUUGUUCAAUUCGAAACAAACAAGUUCUUACCAAGGAUAGAAUCAAGAAAAUUCAAAAAUGUUUAACAAACUAUCAAGAAAAUGAUGCUAAAUUUACAAAAUUAAUAUUUCAAAUAAUGAACAUAGCUGAUUCAACUAAUGAAAUUGAUUAUAAAGGAACGUUUGAAGCAUAUAUCGAUGUUUUAGUACGUGGAACAUGUGAAAACCAUGAGAUGAUAAUCAAUUUUCUGAAUAAUCAAGCCAAAGAUGCAAAACGAAGUCAAGAAUUAUUUACUGAUGAAAUACUUUCGAAAUUAAUUGAUUUGUUAAAUAGUGACGUCUAUGAUACUCAAAUAAAAGAAGAUAUUAUCGAGAUAAUUAAUAAUUAUUUAGAACAUGAAACAAGCAAGGCUUUGGGAGACGAACAUUUGGAAUUAUUGAUUCAAUACGUUCAAGAUCCUAGUAAUUCAAGUACUAAUCUUAUUAAUACCAUGCUUACGUCUAUACUGAUAAUUGCUGAAAAACAAAAUUUGUUAUCAAAUCGAAUAGUGAAAAAAUUAAUUGACAAUAUAGAAUAUUUUGGCGAAAAUUCUUCAAGUUAUAUUCUACUUAUACUAAGUCGUGUUAUUCAUGAAAAAAAUUAUAUUCGAAACCAACAAGAUUUGGAAAAGAUAUCUUUCAAAUUAGAGAGUAACGAUGUUGUUCAAUUAAAUAACGAUUCAAAAAUAAUUUUUACACAACGUUCCGAACAGAAUGAACAUUGUAAUCAAAUUUCAUUACUCACUGCUAAUCUGAUUUUAUUGUCUGUUCAAAAACAAGUUCAAAUAACGAAUAAAACAAUUAGUAAUUUAGUUUUAGCAUUAAAUAACGAUGAUAAACAAACAAAAAUAAUUUCAUCCAAGUGUAUUUAUAUUUUAUCGAAAUAUGCGUCGUUAGAAAAUGAUGCUCUCAGUCAAAUGAAAGAUUUUCUAAAUGAUCAAGUUUAUGAUGUGAGUGUCUAUAUUCUUACCGCUUAUUCAUAUGGUUUAGUGAAGUUGGCUGAACUUAGCGAACCAAUCGAUACCAUGCAUAUGAAUAAUUUAAGUUCAUUAUUUCUCACUCAAAGUUUGAAAUUAGGAGUAAUGAAUUUUGCUGAUGAAAUUAACGUGAAUAUACUUGAAAUAUACAAAUUCGAAGCAGAAAAACAAGAAUUCGAAGAUAAAAAUGUAUUUGUUUUAUUCGAUAGCAUUUUAUCAUUAAAUGAAAAUUAUAGUACCAAAAUACUUGAGAUACUUCAAAUAUACACAAAAAGGUAUACAAUACCUGCAAGUACGAUACAAGCUUUGGAAUAUGCUCUCAGGUAA